AUGGGUGCAAAUGAAAGUGCCGAAAUUCAAGUGAGCUUUAAUCAUUCAAAUUUAUUCUAUUUUGCUGGUGAACAAAUAUUAGGCAACAUUUCAUUUCAAAGUACACAUGAGAAAUUAGUAUUAGAUGGCAUUUUCCUUGAAUUCAUUGGUGAAAUUGGUUUUACAACACGACAAACAAGGCAGCAACGUGAUAGUAAUGGACGUGCUCGUACAGAAAAUUAUACAGAAUAUCAUCGUAUACCAUUUAUGACUAUUUGUUUUCCUGUAGUUAAACCUCAAUACGGACAGCGCGAAAUUACGUUAUAUCGUGGUCAAUAUUCUUGGCCAUUUGAAUUUAUUCUUCCACAAUGUUUACCUCCAUCAUCAGUUCCGUCCACAAUUGAAUUUCCUUAUGUAAAAUAUAAUAUACGUAUUGUUCUUGAUAAACCUUGGUAUAAAUUGAAUAAAAAACAAACUUAUCCAUUAACAAUAUUUCCACGUGUUAAUCUUUAUCAAAUACAACCUGCUCAACAACCUGUUCCUUUUUCACAAUCUAAUAGAAAAAAAAUUCAAUUAAAUGGAUAUCUUCUUGAAGGUGGUGUUGUACCUGGUAAAAAUCUUUCACUUCAAAUUAAUCUUCAGAAUCCGAAACGAUCUGAAAUAAAACGAAUUGAAGCAACAUUAAUUCAACAUCGAGAAGUUGCUCGUAGUCAUCAUGCUGAAAUUAUUUUUCGCAUGGAUUUACCUGAUAUACGUGAAUUUAAUGGAACAGAUUUUAAUCGAACUCUUAAUUUACAAAUACCUUCUACUUAUUUAGCACCUACUUAUACAUAUAUGUCACAAUGUUGUAGUCCAUCACUUAGUAUUAAUUUCACUUAUGAACUUAAAUUAGACGUAAAAGUACGUGGAUUAUUUACUGAUUUUACAAUACAUGUACCAGUUAUAAUUGGUACAGAACCAACGUCAGAUCAACAACAAUUAAUAAAUAGUUCUGUUGAAAUGCUUAUGCCAAGUGCUCCAGUAUAUGAUUAUGAUGAACCACCACCAGCUUAUGAAUCAGUGGUUACAGAUGUAAAAGAAUAA